CAGUGACGUCGGCUCCUUUGGGUGCAGCUCCGCCAGAGAAGGAAGCGGAGUUUCCGGCUGUUUGCAGCGGAGGGUGGAUUGCUGACGCCGCGAAACCCCGAAGAAAAAAAACGCCACCGGCUCGGGGUCUAACCGUCUCCAGCAUCGGGUACCGAGUCGUUUUCCGUGUGCCGGGGGAUCUGGGAGCUGGUAAAUGUCUACGGUCUAAAGGGAGUCGGAACAGAAAGCUAAGCGAAGCUGCAGCAAAAGGCGGGGGAUAGCCACCAGCUACCGGCAUGGCCAGGGACUACGAUUACCUGUUCAAGCUGCUCAUCAUCGGUGACAGCGGAGUGGGAAAGAGCAGUCUCCUCCUGCGAUUUGCAGACAAUACAUUUUCAGGUAGCUACAUCACCACGAUAGGCGUGGACUUUAAGAUCCGAACAGUGGAGCUCAACGGGGAGAAGGUGAAGCUACAGAUCUGGGACACAGCGGGGCAGGAGCGUUUUCGCACCAUCACCUCCACAUACUACAGGGGAACACACGGAGUCAUAGUGGUUUACGACGUCACAAGUGCGGAGUCCUUUGUCAACGUUAAACGAUGGUUACAUGAAAUCAACCAGAACUGUGACGACGUGUGCCGAAUAUUAGUGGGGAAUAAGAACGAUGACCCCAACUCCAAGGUGGUGGAGACGACUGAUGCACAGAAGUUUGCAGAGCAGAUGGGAAUCAGCCUGUUUGAGACGAGUGCAAAAGAGAACAUCAACGUUGAAGAGAUGUUCAACUGCAUCACGGAGCUCGUGCUAAAGGCCAAGAAGGAGGUGCUAGCCAAGCAGCAGCAGCAGCAACAGAACGACGUGGUCAAACUCACCCGGAACAGUAAACGAAAGAAAAAGUGCUGCUAGCAAACGGGUCCCUGAAGGCACCUUUCUGCACACAUUCAUUUACCACACGGUGGGACUCAGAGCAUCUAAAUUGAAGAUUUAAUAGUUAUAUGGUCAGAUUAAAAUACUUGGAAAGCGGUCCCCUUUGGACAAACUAAUCAUGAAGACUUUAAACAAAUGUACAGAUUUUUAUUAGAUGUCAGUUUUAUUUGGAAUCAGCAGAUCAGCUGCUGACCUGAGGAUUUGCCAGACGACCAUCAUCACGCUCAGAUUAACAUCCACAUAAUCCCGUAACCCUCCCCCCCAUGGGUGUCUCCGCUCCUUCACCGCAUACGGGAUACCAGGCCGGCCGCACCUGAGGAGGUUCUCACCAUUUCUGGACUGAUUGGUUAGGGUUAAGUGGGUGUGGGCGCGCGGGUCUGCAGUCGGAGCAUUUCCUCCACCGGUAUUAGCACGGCUCGUGCCAACGCGUCACGGACUUCUUUUGACUCGGAGCCUGGAAUCACACCAAUAAAGAUUACUAGACGCCAUUAGUAACUAAUCUGAUGGACACAACUGAUGACUUCUCUUGUAGUGUUUUUUAUUAUUUGCCAAGCCCCCCCCCCCCCCCGAACCGCAGUAGUGUUGAGCCGCUGGUUUUAUGUUGCCAUCAUGUUUUAAGCAGCAGAGCAUUCCUGGAGCUCUGAGUUUGUUUUUAAACCUCCCAUCUAAAAACAUGAUACUGCCAACGUUAUUAUACAUAAAUAUAUAUUAGGAGCUCAGGAGAGCCUCUCAGUGGACUGUUGCCAUAAUGGUCCGUGGCUGGCCAAGAAGCAGGGUGAAUCAGUCUGAUGGGACCCUGUUGAGUCCUCAGGAAGUGACCCCCCCCCCCCCUCCCCCAGCACGUCUCACAGCGAUGGACUCCCUGUCCUAGCAGUCCCGCCUCGGUCCAGAGGGGGCAGCGUUUGUUUCUGUUGCUUCUCCACCAACAGAUUCUUUAACAGCCGUCUUCUCCAGGUCCUGCGUCAUCUUUUGCCUCCACCCUCGCUCUCUGUCCAGACUGAAGUGUUAACAGUGUUUUUGGUUUCCAUGGUGACGAGAGCAGCUGAUGGUGGGUCAGGCUGAUGCAAAAACAGGCUUGGAUCGCUGUGUGUUACUGAGGUUCUGUUGAAUGGUUCUGGCUCAUCACACAGGCCUUUGUUACCCGAGGAGCCUAGGAACUAUCAAAUCUCACGCUUUGGUUUCUUUCCUUAUGUGUAUAUAAAUGUGUGUUUAUAUUCCGUAUGAAACCUACACACACACGAUCGGCACACCUGAGCAGGUGUGCUGUGGUUUGCUGUACACUGGAGAAAAAGAUUCAGUUUUCCCUAUGUGAACUUGAUCAGUAAUAAACCUUUUAGAGGAACAAAUGUGACACAUCAUGGCUGAACGAGUUAGUCAUUUCUGGUGAUGUGAAGCCGGAGCGAGGUGGGGAACCCUCUGCUACAGACGGAUCAUCACCCGAUGGUGGAAAGCAGAUAACAGCCUGGUUUCACCUCCUCCAGACUCAACAGUACAUUUGUUGUUUUUCAUGUUCUGUUUACACAAAUGUUUCCUGUAUUAAAUAUAAAUAUCUGAUAAAAAGGAAUAAAACUGAAUCUCUACUUGA